AUGAACAAGAUCUAUUUCGUUAUUGUGUUCGUCUUAAUUGUCGUGAUUUGCGAAUUAGUAUCACGAUGUCAAAUUUACCUUCCAGUUCUUGGUGGACCAGCGAAUUUAUUGGUAGCAAUUUUUCUUGUUUUAUUUCUUAUCGCUGAACUGCUCAUUGUUUUCUAUCACAAAUCAAAUAUCAAGAAAAGAUGGGGCAUCGCUAGUGCGAUUACAUUUGUACUUGCAUUUGCUAUUUGGAUUCUGUCGGAUACGGGUCGUCCGUUAUGCUUUCCAACAUCAUGGUUUCAAGGUCAUGCUCUAUGGCAUGUGCUCUGCGCUCUAGCUCUUUACUUUCUCUUUCGAUAUCAUGUUAGUGAAAACAAUGACAAAGGAAGCAGCUUAGUCACGUUUUUCUGA